GGGUAAUAUCUUGUAAAGCUGUGCUUUACCUUCUUAUGUUCAAUGUGUUGAAUAUUGUAUGUAGCUUGUAGAGAGCGCCUCUCCUGUCUCUUGCGGUUUAUUUCAUGCAGUGAUCACAUACAUUGCAAAGAACCCUUUUGCUUGCAGGGGGCUUGCUGAAACUGCUUUCUGAAGGUAUACUCGGCCAAUCUGAAAGUCUAGACUGCUGUGAGCCGUCACAGAUCUGUAAAAACAAACUCACUGCUUUCUGUUUCGACAUCUAGGGAUGAUCCAGAGUGGUAUCUGGCCGAGUCUCUCACCACAGGCCAGCAGGGCUACAUCCCAUUCAACUUUGUUGCAAUGACCACAAUGGAGACUGAACCGUGGUUCUUUAAGAACAUAUCUAGAAACGAAGCCAUGAGGCUGCUCCUCGCUCCUGGGAAUACGCAGGGCUCCUUCUUGAUUCGAGAGAGCGAGACAACCCCAGGAUCAUUCUCCUUAUCAAUCAGGGACUUGGACCACAACUCUGGAGAAGGAGUCAAGCACUACAGAAUACGCAACAUGGACAACGGCGGCUUCUACAUCACGGCCAAGAUAUCCUUUAACUCUCUGAAGGAGCUUGUCCAGCAUCACUCACGUGAUGCAGAUGGGUUGUGCACAAAGCUCAUGAAGCCGUGUCAGUCAAAGGCACCGCAGAAGCCCUGGUGGCAGGAUGAGUGGGAGAUUCCACGUGAGUCGCUGAAGCUGCAGCGCAGGCUUGGAGCAGGACAGUUUGGAGAAGUCUGGAUGGGUGAGUGACAGAGACAACGAUAUGGGG